UCUGCUGUUUGACUAGAUUGAAAUGGAAUCCGUCCAUUUCAAUAUGAUUUCUAUCCCUAUCUACUAGUAAAUUCACUACAUUGCAUUAUUUGUUUGGAGUCGAACCAUUCUUCCAUUGAUACACCAAUACCAAAAAUCUCAUAUUAAUAAAAAAAUAUCAAUGGAUCCUUCAAAAUUUCGUUUUGAUAUCGAAGCUUAUAAAAGGAAGUCUGAAAUCGAAGAGAGAUAUAUCCUGAACCGGUUCAGGGAGCGACGAAAGCAAAUAGAGGAAGGAUACACACCUCGUAGGGAGGAAGAGAGCGUAGGGAGGAAGAGAAAAAUGGGAGAGAGAAAAGAAACAACAACCGACCCAAAAUGGCCUUCCAUCAAACCCAAAAACAAUCUUCACAUCACUCGCUUACGAGAUUUCGAUCUCUUCACGGUUCAGAAUUUCUUCUCACCUUAUGAAUCAAAAGCAUUCAUUGAAACUGCUGAGGGAAUUGGUUUUACUCAUCAAGGAAGCUUAGGUCCAGCUAAAGGUGAAGCUUAUAGAGAUAACGAUCGAAUUUCUGUGAAUGAUCCUGUUCUUGCUGAUUCUAUUUGGGAUUCUGGACUUAACAAGCUUUUUUCUGAUAUAAGAAUUCGAGGGAAAGCUGCUGUAGGUUUGAAUCCAAAUAUUAGAUUAUAUAGGUACAAAGUUGGUCAACGGUUUGGACGACAUAUUGACGAGAGUAAUGAUCUUGGAGAUGGAAAAAGAACUCGUUAUACUUUGCUAGUUUAUUUGAGUGGCGGACCUGGUGAAGUUAAAUCAAAGGCUAAAAAUGAUUCCAGUAAACCUACAGAUUCAUCUGUUGAUCGUUUAGUUGGAGGAGAAACAGUCUUCUAUGGUUCAAGAAAUAGCAUUGUGGCUGAGGUUGCUCCCAUUGAAGGGAUGGCACUCUUGCACAUUCAUGGAGAUAAAUGCUUGUUACACGAAGCCAGAAAUGUUACCAAGGGUGUAAAAUAUGUCUUUCGUUCGGAUGUUGUGUUUGCUUGAGGAGUAGUUAAUGUCUUGUAUCAAAUUGUCUGGUAUAUUCUUUAUCUGAAGGCUUAUUCGUUAGCUCAUAACAUGAAAAGUUUUGUAUUGUUUAGAUCUUCGAUGUUGUAAAAUACUAUGUUUGCAAUUCUAUGCUGCAGAUAAUUUACUGUUAUAUAUAAACAAAAUUGGGAAAUUUUGCUGAAUAACUCAAAUGAAAAAUCUGGUUACUUAAAUCAGAUGUACAUUAUUAAAAAGGGCAGUCUAGUAUUAUAAUAUAAAAUUCUCGCUACUCAGAA